AUCGAACGGCGAGUCAGUCCCUAGUGCGCAUAGUUUGUGUCAGUACGGACAGUUUGCUUCCAGUCCUCCUCCACCAGAGAGUGUGCGAGGUGCUGUGUGUAUUUAUUUAUCGAGCGUGCGUGUGGUUUUUUAACCAAACCUUUUUUUUUUUAGUCUGAGUGGUGAGUUAAGGCGUGAAAGGAACGAUCGUUUUUUUCCCUCCCAAGAGCCUGUGCAAUAGUGUGUAGUGUGUUUCCUAGAGUGUCUAGAGUGAGUGCUGGUUAGCCACUGAGGAUUACAAAUUAUCAAACAAAAAAAUGUUAACGCCUCGGAUACUAAGAAUAGCGAUAGUGCUAUGCAUCCUCAUCGCGAUCUUCUCCCAAGCGACAGACAGUGCGCAAACAAAGCGAAGAAUACGGCGACCCACUAACCUAAAGUCCUCCGUAGCGAAGCCAGAAGACAAUCAAAUCCCCACGAAAAAGGCACAGGAUCGGUCGGAUCAGGCGCCCGCCUCGGCAACGAACCGAUUCCGCGUGCGCACGAAAACGCGCGGCUCACUGGCGGCCGGUGCUGCCGGUACGGCGGUCGUAGCGGGCGCUGCCAGCUCUGCCCUCGUGUCCAAGAAAGCGCAGAUCGACAGUGAUGGCUACAAGAUCGUUUGCUACUAUACCAACUGGUCGCAGUACCGUACCAAGAUCGGUAAGUUCGUCCCGGAGGACAUCCCGGCCGACCUCUGCACGCACAUCAUCUUCGCCUUCGGCUGGCUCAAGAAGGGCAAGCUGAGCUCGUUCGAGAGCAACGACGAGACGAAGGAUGGCAAGACGGGCCUGUACGAGCGGAUGAUGACGCUCAAGAAGGCAAACCCAAAGCUGAAGGUGCUGCUGGCCAUCGGUGGCUGGUCGUUCGGGACGCAAAAGUUUAAGGAAAUGUCGGCGACGCGCUACGCCCGCCAAACGUUCAUCUACUCGGCCAUUCCGUUCCUGCGGCAGCGUGGUUUCGACGGGCUCGACAUGGACUGGGAGUACCCGAAGGGUGGCGAUGACAAGAAGAACUUUGUGCUGCUGCUGAAGGAGCUGAAGGAAGCGUUCGAUGCGGAGUCGCAGGAGAUCCGCCAGCCGCGGCUGCUGCUCACGGCAGCCGUCCCCGUCGGUCCGGACAAUGUGCGCGGUGGGUACGAUGUGCCGGCGGUGGCCAGCUACCUCGACUUUAUCAACCUGAUGGCGUACGAUUUCCACGGCAAGUGGGAACGCGAGACCGGCCACAAUGCACCGCUGUACGCACCGUCGUCGGACAGCGAGUGGCGCAAGCAGCUGUCGGUGGACUAUGCCGCCAAUCUGUGGGUGAAGCUGGGUGCACCCAAGGAAAAGCUGGUGAUUGGUAUGCCAACGUACGGACGUUCGUUCACGCUGUCCAACACGGAACGGUACAAGGUGAACUCACCGGCCAGCGGAGGCGGUAAGGCGGGCGAGUACACGAAGGAGUCCGGCUUCCUGGCGUACUACGAGAUCUGCGAGAUGCUGCUGAACGGUGCGGUGUACAUUUGGGACGACGAGAUGAAGGUGCCGUACCUGGUGGACGGUGAUCAGUGGGUUGGAUUUGACGAUGAGCGCGCGAUCCGCAACAAGAUGAGCUGGAUCAAGACGAACGGGUUCGGCGGUGCGAUGGUGUGGACGGUCGAUAUGGAUGACUUCUCGGGCACGGUUUGCGGUGGCAAUGUGAAGUACCCGCUGAUCGGGGCGAUGCGCGAGGAGCUGCGCGGUGUUAGCCGUGGCAAGGAGGCGAAGGACGUCGAUUGGUCGUCGGUGGCUGCUACCAUUGUGGAGAAGGAAGUUGAAAAGCCUGCACCGAUCAAAAUCUCCGUAUCGGAGCUGCUGGCCAAGGUGCAGAAGCCUCAGAAGAAGAUCAUCAAGCAAGGACUGGCAACGGUGGAAAAGAACUCACGACCAGCGCAAGUGUUCUGCUACUUGACCAGCUGGUCAGUGAAGCGCCCCGGUGCCGGUAAGUUUGAACCGAAGGACGUCGACGCCAGCCUCUGCACGCACAUCGUGUACGCCUUUGCCACGCUGAAGGACCACAAGCUGACCGAAGCGAACGAGAACGAUCCGGACAUGUACGACGAGGUGAUCGCACUGCGCGAGAAGAACCCGGACCUGCAGAUCCUGCUCGCGAUCGGCGGCUGGGCGUUCGGGUCCACCCCGUUCAAGGAGCUUACCUCGAACGUGUUCCGCAUGAACCAGUUCGUGUACGAAGCGAUCGAGUUCCUGCGCGAGUACCAGUUCAACGGGCUGGACGUCGACUGGGAGUAUCCGCGCGGUGCCGACGACCGCAAGGCGUACGUUGAUCUGCUGCGCGAGCUGCGCGUCGCGUUUGAGGGUGAGGCGAAAACGUCUGGUCAACCGCGUCUGCUGCUGACCGCCGCCGUGCCGGCCUCGUUCGAAGCGAUCGCUGCCGGGUACGAUGUGCCCGAGAUCUCGAAGUAUCUGGACUUUAUCAACGUGAUGACGUACGACUUCCACGGUCAGUGGGAGCGUCAGGUUGGGCACAAUUCACCGCUCUUCCCGCUGGAUUCGGCCUCCAACUAUCAGAAGAAGCUGACCGUCGAUUAUAGUGCGCGCGAGUGGGUUAAGCAGGGUGCCCCCAAGGAGAAGCUACUGAUCGGUAUGCCUACGUACGGACGAUCGUUCACGCUCGUUAAUCAGACGCAGUUCGAUAUUGGAGCGCCUGCAUCGGGCGGUGGUCUGCCGGGCAAGUUUACCAACGAGGCUGGUUUCCUGAGCUACUACGAAAUUUGUGCAUUCCUCGGAGUGGACAACACGACGCUGGUGUGGGACUCGGAGCAGCAGGUGCCAUUCGCUUACCGAAAGGAUCAGUGGGUCGGUUUCGACGAUGAGCGAUCGCUGAAGACAAAGAUGGAGUGGCUCAAGGAGGAAGGUUUCGGUGGCAUUAUGGUGUGGUCGAUCGAUAUGGAUGACUUCUCGGGUCGCUGUGGCAGUGGCAAGUACCCGCUGCUGAACGUACUCAACAGUGAGCUGAAGGACUACAAGGUGGCGCUGGAGUACGAUGGCCCGUAUGAGUCGUUCGGACCGCGCGGUGCUUACACGACCAAGGAUCCCAACGAGGUGACCUGCGCCGAAGAGGACGGCCACAUCAGCUACCAUCCGGAUAAGGCCGACUGUACGCACUACUUCAUGUGCGAGGGAGAGCGCAAACAUCACAUGCCAUGCCCGGCCAACUUGGUCUUCAAUCCGAACGAGAAUGUGUGCGAUUGGCCCGAAAAUGUGGAAGGCUGUCAGCAUCACACGCAGGCCCCGGCAGCCUAAGUAGACGAACAACAACAACAACAAAAAGGUCAGCCUUGAGCGGCCCCAGUGAGCUAUUCUGCCAGGCGCCCCCUUUAUCGUGAGCCAUUUUACAACUGUCUGUCAACUGCAAACUUAAUCUUCAACUGCCCUGAUUCAUUGCUAGCGUUGUUAGCGUGUAAAGCAAAUGAAAACAGAAUACUCUACCCUGCCACCUGAAAUCGAAAAUGGGUCAGCCACACUCUGCUCCCUGGAGUUUGGUGCGGCCAAACUUAUUCUGCCACACAACGAACGCAUGACAUGAGAAGAAAAUCGACUCACGACAGCCUUGGAGCCACUGUUUGUAAAUACUAUUAUAUUUGUAUGCCACACGUCCUUACUUUCACCUUCAUGUGGAGAUUUAAAGUAAUACAAAUUGCAACCUGUUUCCUCUUCACAAACGCCUGUGCCUUGGCACACGGACUUUGAAUUGCAACGGUAGAACGGUUGAUAGGCAUUUCUUCUUGCUAACAGUACAAUCUGAAUGUGCUGGAGGAAAACAUCAAUUAUUUAUACAUAAAAGUCCUUCUUUUGCUAUCAUUCCACCAGCCACAGCAAACAGGUCUCGACAAACCGGUGUGAGAUGUUGCUACGUAUGCUGGACGGUGUCUUUUCUUAAACUAUGCUCUUGGUUCUACACAUUAAAAAGAAAAAGAUGCUAUUUAUGAACAAAAAGAGAUGAAGCUUAAAUUGCUACCACACGCACCGGGUGUGAUUGUGCGUGAGCUCGUUGUCAACCAGGCUCAAUCUACCGUAAAAGGCGGCACGCUGAGAGUUUCGAACGUCGGUUACAAAAAUGAAGGCAACACAACCACAGUUUUUUUUACACUUUUUUAACAUUACAACAAUUAAAUUACACACGACAUCAAUCGAAGAACAGCAGUUGUUUGUUUGCUUGUUUUUUUUUUCUCUCUUUUUUUAAAAACACCAGUAAUAUCUGUAAAUGUCGUUUUUGAUAGAUGUAUAAAAACUGUGAUAAUUAAGUGUAUAUAACAAAAGAAAAGCAAAACAAGGAGCCAGCGAAAGCUAAGCAGCCGUGUGAAGAAAAAAAAGUAUGUAAAAGAAGAGAUGAUUAGGAAAGCAGGCAUAGCAAGAGAAGGAAGCGAAAAUGAAUUGAAAACAGAAGUAGAAAACGUCUCACACAACAACAGAGAACGGAAAACAACGAAUUAAAAAGAGAUCAAAUACACUAGCAAAACAACAAGCAAACAGCAAACAUUAAAAGAAAACUUUCCAAAAUCAGACAAAUAAAUACAAACCAGUAAAGUAAAACAAGACAAAACGAAACAGCACCAGCGACAACGAGCGGGAAAAGGGAAAAACGUUACUACUUAUAAGCGGAACACAAGCGGAACAAGAAAAGCAGGAACUGUUUCUAAGGCUAAACAGAUAGCUCAUUUUCUGUUUAUGAGAAGAUGAAUUCAACGCAGGACGAGUAAACUGGAAGUGUGGAGAACAGGAAAGCGUUAAGCGGAUGCGAUUAACAGCACGUGCGAAACAGUGACGCGAGUGAGCCUUGCCGCAGAACCUGGGAAAGACGCGUGUCCCACACCGAUUGGAAACGGGUUGUGGGGACAGUACAAUUUGUGGAGAUUCUAAGGAAACAAAAACCUGCAAAAUAUUACGAGGAAUCAGUAAAAGUAUGGGGUUCUAUUUGGAAAAAGCGGCCCGUUUGACAGGCGUAGUUUCCCUUUCGGAGUGCAAGCGACAAACGAGAAGAGUUAAUACAAACUGCGACAAUACUUUAUUUUUAAUGUAAAAAAAUAUAUGUUAAAUGUACUUUUUUGAUGAAUAAAUCACUUAUUAGUAUAAAUAUAAA